AUGUCGUCUCGCAAGACCAGCCCCGCCACCUCGAGCACUCGCGGCCAGAGGGCUCACCCCUACGCCCGGCCUUCCGCUUCUUCGACCACCACGACGGCCAAGCCCACAGUGCAGAGGCAAUGCAGCUUCGGCGUGGGCAACACGCUGCGCCGGGUCGCCGAUCUCAAGGAGAAUCACGACCGAGUGGCCGCCACGGGAGGCCACGGCCGAUUGACCCGCACGCAGGCCCUCAAGCUCGAACAGUGGAACACCGUCCAGACCCGAAGCCGCUCGCGACAGCUCGCCACCAACCACUGA